AUGGAGGCUUGUCUCCCGCAGCUGCCCCAAAGGCUGCUCCUGUUGGGGGCAGCUGCCCUGGCUGCAUCUGCUCUGGAGACAGCCGACCUGGUGGACCUCUGCGGGCAGACGUGGCAGGGGGACGGGCUGCUGCUGCGCUCGCACGCCGCCUCGCGCAGGUUCUACUUCGUGGCCCCGGACACCGACUGCGGGCUCUGGAUGCGGGCGGCGGCCCCCGGCGACAGGAUCCGCUUCCAGUUCCGCUUCUUCCUGGUCUACAGCUUGGCCGCGGCGCCGCGGGCGCCCCCGGGGCCUCCGGCGUCCAACGCCUCCUCCCCGGAGCCCGCCGACCCGUGCGCCCCCGGGUCCUACCUGCAGUUCUACGAGGGCCCGCCGGGGGCGCCCCGGGCGCUGGGGGCCCCUCUCUGCGGCCUGACCAUCCCCGCCCCGGUGGCGUCCUCCGGGCCCUUCCUGGGCCUCCGCCUGCUCACCAGAGGCCGCCAGCCCCGCGUGGACUUCGUGGGCGAAGUCACCUCUUUCCGGUUGGGAUCCUGUGGUGCCUACUUCCGCUGUCGGACCGGCAGGUGCAUCCCGUGGAGCCUGGUGUGCGAUCGCUGGGGUGUGGACAACUGUGGCGAUGGUAGUGACCAGGCAUCCUGGCCACCGGCCGACUGCAGAGGUCCCUCUCUGGUGCCCAGCCAGGCGAGGGUUACAGAUGGCCAUACCUCCCAGCCCCUGACGCCCUCCCCAGCUCUCAGGUCUGCAGGCCCCCUCCAGAAGGCGGCCGAGAGGAGCCCCCUGGCCGGCCGGGCCCUCGAAGAGGGGGAUACAGCAGCUCCUCCGGGAGGUAUGCAGCUCUUGGUUCCCACCUGAUCCCAUUCCUCCC